UUCAAGUCUUAUUCACUCUCUAUCAAGUGAGCAUUACCUCGUGUCUUGCUCCUAGUCAUUCUUUCAUUGUCAGUAAGACGUUGGUACUAUUGUUGCGUUCCCUGGGCUAGUUCUCUCCAGCAGCGUGAUACCCUUUGCUUCUAUCAAGCUCUCAUCCCGAACAUUUUUGCAACCGAACUUCAAUCACACAAGUCCAUCCUUCCUUCACAAUGCAGCUCAAGAACUCGAUGCUCCUCCUCACGGCGCUGACCGCUGGCUCUUCGGUCGCCCGUUUGCACGGCCAUGAGCGCCGCCACCUCCACCAUGCCGGUGAGAAGCGCGAGGUCGGCGACACUGUCUACGCUACUAUGAACGGUGUUCUCGUCUCUUGGAUCAACGAGUGGUCCGGUGAGGCUAAGACCACCGACGCUUCCGUCCCUCAGGCUACUCCCGUCAGCAACAUUGCUGCCAACGCUGUGGCUGCCGCUGCCGCCGCGUCUACUUCGGAGCCCAGCUCUUCCGAGUCCGACAGCUCUUCAUCGUCCGGCGUCUCCGACGACUGGACCAACACCCCUGCCGACGGCGAGUACUGCACCGACGGCUUCGGUGGCAGGACCGAGCCCAGCGGCUCCGGUAUCUUCUACAAGGGCAACGUCGGUAAACCCUGGGGCAGCAACAUCAUCGAGGUUUCCCCCGAGAACGCCAAGAAGUACAAGCACGUCGCUCAGUUUACUGGCAGCGACACUGACCCCAUGACCGUCGUCUUCUGGAACAAGAUCGGCCCCAAGGGUGGCCUUAACGGCUGGUAUGGUAACUCCGCUCUGACCCUCCACCUCAAAGCCGGUGAGACCAAGUACGUGGCCUUCGACGAGAACUCCCAGGGUGGCUGGGGCGCCGCCAAGGGCGACGAGCUGCCCAUGGACCAGUAUGGUGGAUACUCUUGCACCUGGGGUGAGUUCGACUUUGACAGCCAACCCAACCAGGGCUGGUCCGGCUGGGACGUUUCCGCCAUUCAGGCCGAGAACGCCGGCCAUGAGGUCCAGGGUAUGAAGAUCUGCAACCACGCCGGCGAGCUCUGCUCCGUCAUUACCCACGGUCUUUCCAAGGUCAUUGACGCCUACACCGCUGCUCUGGCCGCUGUCGAUGGCAUCGGUGGCAAGGUCGUCCCUGGCCCUACCCGUCUGGUCGUCAACCUCGACUACAAGGAGUAAAUGUCUUUUGCUCGUAGUUUUGUGAUGUCCUUUCUCUUUGGCUUGCAUUCUGGAUACCAAUUAUAUCUCUUGUCUUGGGGGUCUUUUUCCUCGUCCUCUUAGCAUGUAACGGUCUCACGACCUUUGUGACAUUCCAAUCCUUCCGCCAAUGUCAGGCGAGACCUCCCAGGAAGCAUCCAAAAUCCCGCCAGCCUGACGAUUUCAGCUUUCUCUGUGUACAUACCUUAUACCACCGUCGACUUUGUGUUUCAUAGUUCAUAUUGAUUCCCUUCCUUCACAUCUGGUACAAACCACCUCAUUAUGUCUGUAGCUAUUGUAAUCUACUUGGUAUAUAUCCUGCAUCCUUUUAAUCUGUCGCGUGCUUGCAUUUUAAGAGUUACUGACCAGCCUCCCUUCCAUUCGACACUAGCCAAUUAG